AAAUUUUAGCCGCGCCGGCGCUUCACGUCUUCUCGCCGCGGCACAAAGUCGUAUGGAAAACGGACGCCAGGAAGAGAGAGAGGAGGGAGGAUGGCGGGAGGUUCCGGCUCUACUGAAGGCAGAAACAGUGCAGGCUGCAGUUAGGAACCAUCUGGAGAGCAAGGGAUUGGGUGCGCGCCAAUUGGAGCCGAAACAACGUCUACGGCGACCGAGAAUGGCUGGAAAAAAGGUAGAGGGAACCGUUUACGCGAGCUGGCCUGUGAAUAAUGUCUCUCUUCUUCCUUUUAUCUUUCUGUCCCUUUUCCAGCCUCCUCUCCCACCACAAGUUUGGGUGUCUGAUGAAAGAGUCUGUUUUGGAGUAGCUCUCGAGGCACCUCAGCCGAAGCAGCUCCUAGAGCCUCUGGAUGGGCGUGGCAUAGGGGUGUGGCUUCCGAGGGUGUUUGCAGAGUGCGUCCGUGUACUGAGAGAGAACGUGGGUGUUGCUGGGAUCUUCAGAAAGAGUGGAUCUCUCACCAGACAGCGAGUACUGAGAAGUACUCUAGAGUGUGGGGAGGAGCUGUCUUCCCCAAACGUCCACGACGUGGCUAGUGUCCUGAAACAGUACCUCCGCGAGAUUCCGACACCUCUCCUCCCUCCCUCCAUUGGCCCCGCCCUGGAGUGGGCGUGGUCUUGUGAGAAGGGAGAGAGGGUGGAUAUUGUGAUGUGUGCUCUGCUACAACUGCCACACCCACACCUUCAGAUGGCGAGGGAGUUAUGUAAUCUUAUGUCACUAGUUGCCAGUCAUCAGUCGCAGUCUCUCAUGGAUUCUCACAGUUUGGCUGUCGUCAUGACGCCAAACAUUAUGCCGACUCAGCAUUCUAAUCCAGCCAAUCUUGAGACACACCUUACAACCAGCACAGGUAUCGUGGAGCUAAUGAUUGACCACGCCCACCUAAUUGGUCUGGUGCCAGCUCACGUGAUAAACCACGCCCACCAAUUAGCCAAAAUAAAUGAGAGUGCUACCAGUAGCAACGAGUCACUAGAAACAGGAGAUGCAAAGAAAGACAAACAGAAAAGAAUCUCUGUAACUGAUAAAGUGCUGGGAUGGGGUACAAAAUUGAUGAGCACCCUAGGGGGUGGGUCACGUGAUGUUGUGGACUACACCCACUCACCGUUCGGCAGCAAUGAAGAUGGCGGUGGGCUCCAAAUGGGAAAAUCUCAGCUCUUUGAUCCGUCACUCCCUCUUCACUCGCGAGCCACGCCCAAAACCCCUCGCAGCGGUCACAAACGACGUCGCUCCUUUCUCUCCGCCCGGAGACAUACCGACGGUCGCCAUGGACACAGGUCGUUAUUCACCAAUCCGUUCAGGGGUCCGACACUGAAAGGGGGAGAGUUUAGUCGACUUGGCAGUGCAAGGUUAUCAGAACGGAAGUUCCCAUGGUUACAAGGCCACACCCCCAUGACCCCUGACCCCGGCGUGCAGUUAGUUGGCUUCGGAGUCAGGUCUUCUCUCACAGGUGAUUUUACUGAUGGGGAUUUCCCCAGCAAUGUUACCGUAGGCAACCCUAUUGCCAUGACACCUGUCCUUGGCAACAACGCUCUUCUGGCUUCCCUCUCUGAAGAGAGUGUGAGUCGAGUGGCGGUGGGAGAGGGUGAGAAGGGAGAAGAAGGGGAGAGGAAAGGAGAGAGAAUCAUUAACGAGGGGGUGGAGCCUCCAAAGACGUACUCUGUUGUGUCCAGGAAGCACUCUGGGAAGAGAAUGAGGUGU